GUGUUGGUUCACUACCCAGAUGAUCCGAAUGGGCUGGUGUGGCAUCAUCGUGUGCUGUUACAUCGCGUUAGUGGCGGUCGGUGGGUGUGCCUCACUCCCGACUUGCAGCUGCAGAUCCAUGAUCUCAACGACCAGAGGCACAAGGUGCUGUCGAGGAGGGCGGCCUUCCCGGCCAACGUGGCGGCCGCCUCGUACGUGUUCGACGACGACGCGGUGUCGGCCGCCCAGAUGGAGGAGUUCAGGGCACAGGCGAAGGUGCAGGCAGCGAUCCUCGGGGACGGCGAGUUCGAUGACGUCGAGGUCCACAAGUGGGUCGUGUACCAGGUCGACGACGAGCACUUCGGCAAGGAGGUCCCCGAGGAGGUGCUGGCGGACGCACAGAGGUUUGUCAGCCUCGGGAACCUCGGCGUCGUGGACUGGCUCGGAGCCAAGCGGUUCGUGGAGCGAGUCAGGGACGACAAGGUCGACGACUGGAAGGAGAAGCGAGAGUCUUCGGAGGGCGACUCGAGGAUCCUCGGCCUGCAUCGGAAGAGGGGGAAGCGGAACUUGGCCCUCUCGGAUGCGGUCGAUCUCUUCACGGAGGAGACGUUCGAGGACUGGCCUUUCCCGCCGCCAAGGGCGGCCAAGGAGUACUUGGAGUCAAUACGCGACGGGCCUGGCUCGAUGGUGGUGUACGAGAGUGAGUGGAGGCAGGACAGUGGUGUUGGCGACGGUACGGCGGCGCUUCACGAGCACCGCAACAACACCGAGGUCCUGCGGCUGGCCCACCAGGUGGACCAGCUCAACAUACCCAACCUGGCGUGCUUCGAGCAGUUGGUGCGCAGGCAGAUCCAAAUCGAGAUGGCGGUCGAGAGGAACGCGAAGCAUCCCGACUACGCCGGCCUGGACCUGGUCAUGGGCGGCCCGACUACAGAGAGCGGUGCGGCGGCCAGCGCGGGCUUCCGCGGCUGGAUCUACAAGAAGCAGGGAGAGCGUGCACAGACCCUCAAGCAGUCUCGUCUUCUUCGUGAGGAGCGGCUCAAUGAGGACAAACGUUACAAGAGUGGCAAAGUUUUGACCGUGGAGGCGCUGGCGUUCGGCGGCGACUCUGCAGCCAGAGGCGGCAUGGCGAGAUCUUCCCGCUUCCGUCGCCGGCGGCUCCGAGCUUGGCUUCUCCUGGCGCUCCUCGAUACGUUCAGCAGCGUCGGCGUGAGCAGCUCCAUCGGCAUCAGCGAGAGUGUGAAGCGGUUAGAUCACUCAACCAGCUCGCUGCCGCAACUACUUCUUUCUCGAGCGUCUCAAGUACGCGACGAUUCGGAGGCGUGCGGCCCGCCGCCUCGAGACCUGGGCGAGGACGGAGCCCUCGCGGAGCUCCUUGCGUCCAGGGACCUGUACUCGCAGGAGCCGAAGAACCUCGCUGAGUACGACAUCUCGAAGCUCAAGAUCUGCCGCUCGGGUACCGUGGCGAAGGACGCAAAGUCGCUCUUGCCGCCCGAGACGGCGGGCCUCAUCAAGCACUAUAGGCAUUGCGUGGAGCGCGAUGCGGAGCAGAUACUGGAAGCUCAGGUGGCCCAGGACUUUCCUAGGCCGUAUUGGGACCCGAAGCUGGCGAGGGACCACGACAGCCUCUUCGAGCUCGUGGACCGCCUCAGGGACGCCAACCUCAUCGGCUUCCGCAAGAGGCUCAAGGCGAAGGUCGGCAUCUUUUUCGUCAAGAAGAAGGACCCCGCGUGGAUCAGGCUCAUCAUUGACGCCCGACAGGCGAACCGCUGCCACAAGACGCCCCCGAAGACACGGUUGGGGUCGGUCGGCGGCUUCUGCGAGCUGGACCUCUCGGACACCGCGCUGCGGGACCUCGGGGGAUUCGGCGGCAUCGCGGAGAUCUGGGGCGGCACCAGCGACGUCGACGACUGCUUCUACCAGAUGCUGGUCGAGGAGCUGGGGUCCUGGUUCGGGAUCGACCUCCCGCGGGCCGCGGGCGCCUGGGGAGUUGCCCAGGUCUAUGACGAUGAUCUGGGUCGGCGCGUGGCGGUCGAGCCUUCUGAGGUGGUCUAUCCUGUUUUCCACGGCAUGGCCAUGGGGUGGGCGUGGGCGUUGCACUUCGCGAACGAGGCCGUCUCCUACCUGGCCUCUAAGAGCGCAGUGUGCCCCCGCUCGCUGGUACGCGAGCGUACGCCGGCCCCAGUGCUGCGGGCGGGGCAGGCCGUGUCGGGCGUGUACGUGGACAACUUCACCACGCUCGCCGGCGACCGCGAGACCGCGCUCGACUCGGUCCAGAGGUUCAGGCGCGCGGCGGAGGAGGCGCACAUCGGCACCCACGUCGACUCCGAGGUCGGCGUGGUCUUCGAGAGCCUCGGAGUGGUCUUCGACGGGAAGCGGAGGUGCUUGCGCCACGUGCCGCGACGCGCCUGGCGCGUCUACCUGGCCACUCGCGCCCUGCGGCGGCGCCGCUGGAUCCACGGCAACGUCAUGGAGAUCUGGCUGGGGCACGUCGUCAACCUGUUCAGUCUGUCUCGGCCGGCUUUGGCGUGCGUGCAGGCGGUCUACCCCUUCGUCGCGGCGGCGCGCGGGAGGCGCGUCCGCCUCACGCCGGCCAUCAAGAAUGAGAUGCGGCUCGUGCAGGGGCUGCUGUUUCUGUCCGAGUACGACCUGGGGGCCGACUUCAGCCACGAGGUGUACUGCUCCGACUCCUCGAGCUUUGGGUACGCUUUGCUGUCGACCACUGCGACGAGCUCGGAGCUUCGUGACCUCACCCGCUAUCGUGAGAGAUGGCGAUUCAAGCUCGUCGACUCACUGCCCGAGGUCGGGCUGCUUCGUCCAGAGUGGGUCGAGUACGCGGGGGGCCGCCUCGCGCCUGGAGGGUCGUGGGAGUUUCCUGAGGGUGCCUAUGCUGACGUUGCUGUGCGAGGGUCUCGACCCUGUGCCAUCGGCCCGCAGACGCAGUAUGGGCGCUCGCUGGAGGCAGCUGCCCAGGAGCGGCCUUUUUCCCGGCCUCGAGUCGGGCGCCGCUCACGGGAUCCACGGCCGCGGCCCAGGCAGGAGGAGGUCGAGGUCCCGAGCGCCGUGCCCCCGAUCGACCGCUGCUGGGAUGAUGUCCGAAGGUGGAGGCACCUUCGAGUCGGGCGCUGGCGCUGGACAGAGGAGCACAUCAAUGUCAAGGAAGGCCGCGUGUCCCUCUUCGGCCUUCGCCGAGCGACGCGCAGUCGCCACAACCACGGGAGGCGGGUCGCCUCUAUCGGGGACAACCUGGUCUCAAUCUGUGCCUUCGAGAAGGGCCGCGCGAAGUCGUGGGCCCUCAAUGCGCUGGCGAGGCGGGCGGCUAGCUACCAGAUUGCUGCUCGGAUCCGCUGGCACUCACGGCACGUCGAGAGCAAGCGCAAUGUUGCCGAUGCCGGCUCGCGCCUGCACGAGACUGGGGGAGGGUCGACAGCGCCUUUUCCAGUACAGGAGACCGUGGCUCUCGAGCUCUUUGCCGGCGAAGCGGGCCUCACUUGUGCUCUCCGGUCCCGCGGACUGCGGGUCGGGCCGCCGUUCGAACUGGAGCGUGGUGCGAGGUUUGACCUCACCAGGAAAAGCACUCAGAACCUCAUCAAGUCCUGGAUCCUCUCGGGCCUCAUAUGGUAUAUCCACUUGGGUACCCCAUGUACGGUCUGGUCAGUGGCGAGGCGAGGGGUGUCUAAUCUUGGGAAGGCUUACGCUAAGGAGGCGGUGGCGGUGGAGCUGGCCCUCUUCACCGUGGAGGUCUGCGUCUUGGCCUCUAGAUGUGGGGUCCUCUGGAGCCUGGAGAAUCCCUCGUCGUCGGGUCUCUGGGAGUUCAAGCCUGUCGUGGACCUCAUGGGGCUCCCCCAGGUCUUCAAGGUCUCCUUCCACAUGUGCCAGUAUGAGGUCCAGCACAAGAAGCCCACCACAGUGCUCACCAACGUCCAGGCCCUGCGUGGGCUUGCAGCCAAGUGUUCUGGGGGACAUGUGCAUCGCGUCCUGGAAGGGCAGGAGCGACCGACCAGGGAGCGCCUCCGCGGAGUGGUGAAGGGAGCGAUUCUGAAGUCCCCGCUCGAGCGACGGACUACAUCCGCGACCACAGGCUACGGUUUGGCCGCCACCGCCCGCUCUGGGCCGCGGAGGCAGAAGGCAUUGAGGAGGCAGGCGGUGGCCGCUAGAGCUGCUGCGCCUCCCGAUCGCUUCCUCCAGGAGAGCACGGCUGGCGAGAAGGCGAAGGACAUCUACCGCCGCGAGCUGGAGAAGUUCUACGACUGGGCCGAGCAGCAGGGCCGUCCCGUCGGAUCCCUCUCGCUGGCGACGACGAUGAAGGAGUAUUUCUUCAGCAAGUUCCAGGAGGGCUAUGGGCCGAGCGUCGGCCGCGCCGUCUUCUUCGGGUAUCUGUUGCUGAAGUCCAACAACUACAAGCAGGAGCGGGAGCGCCUCAGCGACGUCGAGAGAGCGAUCGCCGGCUGGGCCAAGCGGUCCCGCGAGGUGGUGAAGGACCCAGCGCCCCAGGAGGUGCUGCUGGACAUGGGCGCGUGGAUGCUGGACAACGGCCGCGGUGAGAGCGCGGCGUGCUUGGCCCUUCAGCUGGACGACUACGGGCGCCCGUCCGAGAGCGUCGAGCUGGUGGUGGGCAACAUGCUGCCGCCUGUCCCAGGUGUCCGCGGCACGGCUUCGCGGGACUGGGGCGUCGUCUUCGCCCCCGCGGAGCUCGGCUUCGUCACCAAGACUGGCCAGGUCGACGACUCCGUGGUGCUGGGCAGUCCUUCGCGGCCGUGGGCUCCGAAGGUGGCUGCCGCGCUGGUCCAGCGCGUGGCGCAGACUUCCGGCAACCGUAGCAUGCCAGCUGAUCCUCGUGCUCCUCUUUUUCGCAGCUUGACCUUGGCAAAGUACGAGCACGACUUCAAAGCAGCGUCGAAGGCCCUCAACUACACUAAGCUGAACGUGACGCCUCACACCGUCAGGCACACCGCCCCGUCUCACGACAUCUACCACAAGCAUCGGAACCUUGAGCAGGUGCGACGGCGCGGCCGUUGGGCGGCCAAGAAAAGUGUGACCAGGUACGAGCGCCAUGCCAAACUGUUGAAGCAGUACGGUAAGCUCGACCGCGUCCAGAUCUCAAGAAUGAAUCGUUCAGCCCAGUCGUUCUCAGAAAAGUUGUUGGCCUACCUGAGGAAGCGCUGA